AUGACUACUCGUGAGAUACUAACAUUACAAUUUGGUCAUUAUUCUAACUACGUAGGAUCACAUUUUUGGAAUAUACAAGAACUUAGCUUUGAUUAUACUGGCACUAAGAAUAACGACAUCAAUCAUGACAUUCUGUACCGUGAAGGAGAAUCUGCAAAGGGUGAAGUUACAUACACUCCUAGGCUUAUUUUGGCAGAUCUAAAAGGAUCUUUAAAAACUUUGCCUGCAACCGGUAGCUUACCAUUAGAAACAGUGAAUGAAGAUCCACAAUGGGAAACAGUGGAAACAAUAGAGGAGACAGUACCAGAACGAAAUCAAUUCCUUAUGGAUAUUGAUUCUGAAGAUGUGAACAUAGAGGAAAAUCAAUAUAAUUUUGAAGAAGAUGUAAAAACUUGGACUGAUUUUUUAUAUCCUCGUUUUCAUAAUAGAACAGUAAAUAUUGUCAAACAGUACUGUCAUGGAGAUGAAACUGAAACUUUUGACAUCUACAAUUCUGGUUGCACACUGUGGAAGCAAGAUUUUGGUGACACAUUUUCAGACAAUAUCAGGAAAUAUGUAGAAGAAUGUGAUAGCAUCCAAGGCUUUCAUGUUAACUUUGAUUGCACAGAUGGUUUUUCAGGACUAGCAAUAGGCUGUAUAGAACAUUUAGCUGAUGAAUAUAUAAAACCAAUAUUGGCGCAUCCCAUAAUAGCAUCAUAUUUCACUGACAAUGACCCCAAGUCACAAGAAGACAGGGAUAAAUCAAAUCUAAAAGAUUCUAUAAGAUUGGUCAACACUGCAUUGUCAAUUCAAGAGUUAUCUGAACAUACCUCAUUGUUUGUUCCAUUAUGCACAGGAGAAAGAGGAUGGAGGAAACCAGGCAAUCCUAGAGCUUUUGAACAUGUUAAAUACAACCCUCAACUAUACUAUCAUUCUUCAGCAUUGAUAGCUUCAGCUUUGGAUACACUUAGUCAGAAAUAUAGGCACAAAAGCAAUUUUUAUACAUUGUCGGACAUCAUUGCAGAUAUGUCCGGCUAUGGUAGGAAAAUGGCAGCUGCAUCUCUCGGCAUCCCUUUCACAUUUAAUGAGUCACAAUAUCUUAUUGACCAUUUAAAUAAUAUGACUAAGCCAAUUUACGCUUCCAUCACACCAAGCUGUAAAUUAGCCACAGACAAAUUAUUCCAGUUAAUUACUGUAAGAGGUAUACCAGAAAGCUUUUUAAAGGCACCAUUAAAGGAAGCCAAAGAACAAAUGAAUUUACCUGCAUACAGAUGUAGUAGUGUUAAAGAAAUGUUUGAGCUUUAUUUUCAAGCUAGUAAUUUUCUUUCUGCUACUAAUGUUACUGUUACAGAGUCACCUUUAGAGUUAAAAGUUCCAUUCCCAAAAAUAUUUUCUGAAAACCUGAAUGCUUAUGGUUUCCUAAAAAAUAGUAAUUCACAAGAAACUACAAAAAGUUGUGCAGUGAUAGCAGGAUAUCAUAAUGGUAAUUUUUUAGCAGAUGUUAUAGAGAAGUUACAUAGAGAAGCAGGGAGAAUAAAAUUUGCAAAACUUCAUAAGUUUCAAAAUGAGGGAUUGGAAGCAGCUGACUACCAUGAAAGUUUAAAUAGGUUAGCUGAAUUCAAAGACAACUAUGAAGAUGAUUUUGAAUUGUAA